UAAGUCGUAUCUCAAGAGCAGACCUUCGCGGACACUAUUAAAAAGCCCCCAACGUACCUGCGGACGAUCACACGAUCGUACUCAUCCGGAUCCUUAACUCUAUUUAUCCUCCUGAAUUCAAGACACUCUUUUACUGUCAAACAUGAUUCUCAAUCUGUUAAAAGUUCUCUUUUUAUUUAUCGCAUUCAGUGCUGCCGAGGAAACUGAAAAACGAGGUUUAAUCCACGUUGAUCUUACGGAUAAGGACAUCAUCUCACCUUCAGAAUUGCCAAGGGUGGCCGGUUCAGAUGAACGAGAAACAGGAUUCAUCGGUGAUUUGAUUAUCGGAUUGAGGCGUGCAGACGAAACUGUUUUUCGUCGUACGGUCCAAGUAUCCAAUCCAACCAAACGAGUUUACAGAAGUACAAUAUCACUGAAUGUUAACAAUGGGAUUAUACACCAUUUGAGUGUAUUCAAUGAAAGGGGCAGCUAUGCUGUGGUCUGCGACGAACCGUAUACUCUCGGAAAUUCCAGAAGCAGCUUUAACGUCCGAGUGCCACCCAAUACUGAGUCCUCGCUCACGCUAAUCGUCGCCGCUCACUAGGACAAUAUUCACUGAACAAUAUACAUAUAUAUAUAUAUACUUAUCAUUCAGAGAAAAAUUUUGUUUCAAA